GUCGUGUUUUGGUCUCUCGUCAUAGUACCAUAUAAGGAAGUGAUCGCUACGCGAUCGUCAUUAUCUGUCCCCGGUUGUCAGCUGGCUUCAAUCCCUUUGCGAAUUUCAUGAAAAAGCUCUUAUCCAAAUCUUGCUUGUCGUUAAUAAUCUAUCCUUAUAGAUGGCUUCUGCUGCUGCUCCUUUGAAGGAAGUUGUCACAGCCGCAAGGCGAAUACUCAUGUGUCGUCCUACCCACUUCCAGGUGACCUACUCUAUCAAUCCUUGGAUGGACAUGAACCAAAAGGUGAACCGUCCGAAAGCUAUGCAGCAAUGGGAAACGCUCAGGCAAACGCUAGAGAACUGUGGUGCUCAAGUGGAUGUAAUGGAAGCUAAUGGAGCCGAAAACUAUCCAGAUAUGGUGUUCUCGGCUAAUGCUGCUGUCAUCAAGGGCCAUCGUGCCUACCUGGCAAAUUUUACAUUCCCGGAAAGGAAAGGAGAAAGGUACUUCUUUGAGCAAUGGUUCACAAAACAUGGAUACGAAUGCGUGGGAGAUUUAGACAUUGCCUUUGAAGGAGCAGGAGAUGCGCUCUGGGGAGGAGCGGGUCACAGAACGUUGUUCACGGGUGUUGGACCACGAACAGACGUUCGAGCAUUGAAAGACUUGACCGAAAAGCUGAAUGAUGGCACUCCCUUCAAGGUUAUGGGAUGCCGUUUGGUGGAUCCAAGGUUUUACCACAUUGACACCGCUUUCUGCCCACUUAACGAUGAACUAGCCAUGUACUUCCCGCAUGCUUUCGAUCCUAUCACCAGGCACAACAUGCACAACGAAACUGGACUUUUACCAGUAUCCGAAAAAGAAGCUCAAAAUUUCGCAUGUAAUGCUGUGGUCGUAGGACGCAAUGUAGUAAUGAAUCACCGAAAUGAUGAAAUUGCUAACAAAUUGGAGAAACUUGGAUUCAGCGUGAAAUUUGUGGACAUGAGCGAAUUUAUCAAAAGCGGAGGUUCCGCAAAAUGUUGCACGCUGGCCAUCUGAUCUCUUCUUUACUACCUCGACUUCUUCAACUCAUCAACAAGUGGUUCUGAUAUGAUUUUACAAAUAUUAAUCUUUGUUGACGAAUUAUACCUGACCAACCCACAGAUCACUAUCGCA